GUGUGGAAAGUUUGCCGGCUCGGGUGCAAAGUUUCAGCCGUCUGCAAAGUGGAGCUGGGCGGGCGACGUGCGGUACGUUUUCCGAGCUUUGUCUUAACGGUUUUUGUUUUCCCCCCCCCCCCCGCCAGCGGAGUUGUCGUUGUUGUUUCCUCAGCCGACUUCCGUUCUCGGUUAACCGUAGCGAGCAAAAGACGCGCGAAUUGUCUCCGGUUAGCUCGGCGCUAGCUUGCGGAGUUGCUUCAAGCUAGCCGGCUAAGUGCUAGCUGCUCGCCGCUUCCACAAGUUCAACAUUCGGGAGACAAAAUGGCCUGCGAGCCCAAUCGCGCGCGGCUGCUCUGCAUGCUGUCGCUGACCUUUGCCUUCUUCAUCGUGGAGGUGGUGGUCAGCCGCAUGACCGCAUCCCUCUCCAUGCUCUCCGACUCCUUCCAUAUGUUGUCCGACGUCAUCGCGCUGGUGGUGGCUCUGGUGGCGGUGCGCUUCGCCGAGAAGACUCAAGCCACCAACAAGAACACCUUCGGCUGGAUCCGGGCUGAGGUCAUGGGGGCGCUGGUCAACGCCGUCUUCCUCACGGCGCUCUGCUUCACCAUCGUCCUGGAGGCGAUCGAGCGCUUCACCACGGCCCACGAAAUCGAGAGACCACAUGUGCUCGCCGGCGUGGGGUUCGCCGGGCUGCUGGUCAACCUGCUCGGGCUGUGCCUCUUCCACGGACACGCCGGCGGGGGGCACGGACACUCGCACGGGAGUAAGAAGGCGAAGGGUGGGAAGUCUCACCGAGCUGACAAUGGAACUUCUGGAGAGACCAACAACUUGGUGGGCAACCACAACAGCUCCGGGGAUGCAUCUCAAACAACCGACAUCAGCUGUAAAGACAACACGGAGGUGCAGCUCAAUGGCGACACGGCGUACGAGGAGCUGGACAAGGACUUUUCCUCGCAGCUGAACAUGCGCGGCGUCUUCCUCCACGUCCUGGGCGACGCCCUGGGCUCCGUCAUCGUGGUGGUCAACGCCUUGAUCUUCAUCUUCGUGUGGCAGCCGUGCGAGAAAGACGAGCCGUGCGUCAACAAGUGCGUGCCCAGCCACGCCGCCGACCACCACGUCAACCACACGCUGGUGGACCUGCUGGAGGGGCCCCUGCCGCCCGGCACCAAGAUGGCGGGCCCCUGCUGGGUGCUGUACCUGGACCCCACGCUGUGCCUCAUCAUGGUGUGCAUCCUCCUCUACACCACCUACCCGCUGCUGAAGGAGUCGGCGCUCAUCCUGCUGCAGACGGUGCCCAAGCAGAUCAACGUGCACCGCCUCAACGAGCGCCUCCUGGGCCUGGACGGCGUGCUGGCGAUCCACGAGCUGCACGUGUGGCAGCUGGCGGGCAGCCGCAUCAUCGCCACGGCGCACAUCAAGUGCCACGACCCCACGUCCUACAUGGAGGUGGCCAAGCGCAUCAAGGGCUUCUUCCACAACGAGGGCAUCCACGCCACCACCAUCCAGCCCGAGUUUGUCACCUUCACCUCCGAGUCUCAGGACUCUCUGUGCGAGCUCUCCUGCAGGACUCAGUGCGCCCCCAAGCAGUGCUGCGGCGCCGCCGACAAGCAGAACCCGCCGUCCGACAGGAAGGCCGGCGGCGACAUCCGGCUGACCUUCUCCUCGGAGGCCGGGGACGCCCAGGAGCCGUCCGCCGAUCCUCUGAUGCCGGCGGCGGCGGCGGUCAGCGUGGCGAGGGAGGUGGAGUCGUCUCUGUGAGAAGCACGCUGGAAUAACUCGCCCUUUGUCAGUGUUGGCGACGUGGCUCCGCCCCCUCAUCCCGUCAUCACGUCACUUCAUGCAUUCUGCUCUCUUUAGCCCUCGUCCGUGGUGGCAUGUUGUCAUGGUGAUGCUGUGCCAAAGCUUCUCGCAUCAGGACCGCUCAUCACACAUGCAAGUUCGAGCAUUAUUAGCCCGUGGACCUUUUUUUACGGGGGUUACUCGCCCUCCCUAACAAAUAAUUUAACUAUUUAAGUUAUUAGAAUUGUUUUCUGAAGACGCUGCUUUUAUUUCCUCUAUGCUGGUUUCAUUUCUUCCUUUUUUAAUCAUCAUAAGCUGGACAAACAACUUUGUUUUUAACUGAAGCUGCCCCGUGUGGUGUAGGUUCAUGCAGAACGGUGAAGGUGUCCUCCGAGUACACCGUCACCGCACACUCAGCUGAGUGCACUGAAGUCCUUUAGUGGCCUUGAAAUUGCCUACAAAAUCCCCAUCUUCAUCUUCAUCUUGAUCUUCAUCACAUUUGUCACGUAACAAAGGUGCAAUUCCCAACUCCACUCCCGAGUCCAUGUGUAUGCAAUGUAAACAAUAUGUGCUGGGAGACGUAUUCCUUUUAUAACGUCUCUUCUACUCCGUGUCUCUCAUUGGGCACGUUUGUUAUGUGAAAAUAAUGUGCUUGUUUUUUUUUUUCCAUCAUUUUAGAUAUGACUUGUCAGAUUAUGUUUUUUGUGAAAUGUGUACGCUGUCCAAUUUGUCGUUUGUGAGACAAAAAUACACGGCUGCUUUGGAACAGUUGA